AUGGCUAUGGAGCUACAAGCUCAGUGGUUCAGUAAGACAAUCAAGAGAUGCCAUGACGGUGUUCGUGCCAUAGAAUCAGCUACUGGAAUGAGGCAGUUCAACCAUCCGCAUGAGAAACCGGACGGUGCUAUCGAGGAUUGGAAGGACCUCGACUUGAUAUCUAUCACUCGCGAACUGAGCAGCUUCGUGAGCAGAUUCGCUUUCAUCAAAUUACAGGCAGAAACAGGGGAGUAUCUGCUGGAACAAAUGGGUCGGACUACACUCUCACUCAAGCACGAGGCGCACGAGGCGCACGAAGAUCAAAAGCGAGCUACUGCACAGAGCCAAACUGUAACAAGCCCACACCAUUCAUUCAAGCCAUAUACUAACUAG